CUUCCGCCUCUGUCCCGCAGCACCGGCUGGUUGGGCUGCGGAGGGAGCCCGGUGCGUGUAUCGAGCUGGCCGGGCUCAGCUCUUGGAGGGCAGCGGGGGAGCCUUGGCCGCGCGGGGGGCUGCGGAGCGAGGAGCUGCCUGGCCUCACCGCUCACGUAUCAGGCUGUGGAAAUCAGAGCCGCUUGGCGCUGACUCAGGACAACGGGAGGAUCUGACCCGCUCACAGGCCAGCGCCCCACAGCUUUCGUUUCCCCGUCCCUCUCCCACACAGCCAGGAAGAGCAGGAUGAGGAUGGAGCCGCACGGCUGGCUCUGCCUGCUCUGCCUGGUGCUCCCCUGGCUGCAGUGCCAGGGCACGAAACGCACCCAACCCGAGCAAGUGCAUCUCUCCUACCCCGGCGACCCCACCGCCAUGACCGUCACCUGGACGACCUUCGAUCCAGCCGGCUCCAUCGUGGAGUUCGGCCCCGAGCCGAGCAGGGCCUUCACCUCCUCCGCCAAGGGCCACGCCAGCCGGUUUGUGGAUGGCGGGUGGUUGCGCCGCAGCAUGUUCAUCCACCGGGUCACCCUGCAGGGCCUGGCCCCUGGGCAGCGCUACGCUUAUCGCUGUGGGAGCCCGCUGGGCUGGAGCCGGCCCUACAGCUUCCGGGCUCUGCAGAAUGGCACCGACUGGAGUCCGCGCCUCGCUGUCUUCGGCGACAUGGGGAACAUCAACCCCCAGUCCCUGCCCAGGCUCCGGCACGACACGCAGCAGCGCAUGUACGACGUGAUCCUGCACGUAGGGGAUUUUGCCUAUGACAUGGACCAGUGUAAUGCCAUGGUUGGAGACGCCUUCAUGCGCAAGAUCGAGCCCGUCGCUGCGUCGGUGCCGUAUAUGACGUGCCCAGGGAACCACGAGGAGAAAUACAACUUCUCCAACUACCGUGCCCGAUUCAGCAUGCCUGGUAACACGGAGGGCCUGUGGUACAGCUGGGACAUCGGCCCUGCCCACAUCAUCUCCUUCUCCACCGAGGUGUAUUUCUACCUGAUCUAUGGCUGCCACCUCGUCCAGGAGCAGUACCAAUGGCUAGAGAGAGACCUACAGGAGGCCACACGGCCGGAUCGGCGCCGGCGGCACCCGUGGAUCAUCACCAUGGGGCACCGGCCCAUGUACUGCUCCAACAAUGACCUCGAUGACUGCACGAGGCACGAGAGCAUCAUUCGCCGAGGGCUCCCCCAACAUAAGUAUGGCCUGGAGGACCUGUUCUAUAAAUACGGUGUCGACCUAGAGCUGUGGGCCCACGAACACUCCUACGAGAGGCUGUGGCCUGUCUACAACUACCAGGUCUACAACGGCAGCGCCAAAUCGCCCUACACCAACCCCCGGGCGCCCGUCCAUGUCAUCACUGGAUCAGCUGGCUGUAAGGAGAGGCUGGACCCGUUUGUCCCCAACCCACGGGAGUGGAGCGCCCUGCGCAUCGAGGACUACGGCUACACGCGCCUACAAAUCGUCAACCGCAGCCACAUCUGGCUGGAGCAAGUGUCUGAUGACCAGGAUGGGAAAGUCGUGGAUGGGAUCUGGCUCAUCAAGGAGUUGCACGGCCCCAAAGCUUGGCAUUAGCCUGGCAGCAGGCACCCAGCCCUGAGUUGAGCAGAGGGAUUGCGUCCCCAGGACACCCUGAAAUCCUCGUUAUCUGGGUGGAGGCAGAGCUCCCUGCGGGGCUACAAACGAAUCUGAUCAAAUCCAAAGGCUGUUCUUGCAGUCCCUGAUGUAUGGCACUGGAAGGACACGCCUGCCCCUGCAGCUGGGGAAAACCUGCUGCUGGGUCUUUAUGAUGGUGAAAAAGCACUUUGCUGCAACUGGGUGUAUUAGGUCUCAGAGCACUUUAUACAGGUGGAGUUGUGUCUGUGUAUUCCUAGUUUUUGGCAGGGGAAACUGAGGCACAGAGAAAGGAAGAACCGUGACCAAAAUCAUGUAGGGGUCUUGCUUUCCAGUCUUCCCUGCCCUAAUCACUAGACACCAUUCCCCUCUCAGAGUCAGGAAUAGAACCCAGGAGUCUUGAUGCCCAGUCCCGUGCUCUAACCAUUACACCCCACUCUCCACCAAGAGGCAGGAACAGAUACCAGGAAUCCUGAUUUCCAGCCCCCCUGUUCUAACCACUAGAUCUACCCCUCACCCCUAGGAUGUCAGGAAUAGAACCCAGGAGUCUUGAUGCCCAGCCCCAUGCUCUAACCAUUACACCCCACUCUCUGCCAAGAGGCAGGAACAGACACCAGGAAUCCUGAUUUCCAGCCCCCCUGUUCUAACCACUAGAUCUACCCCUCACCUCUAUGAUGUCAGGAAUAGAACCCAGGAGUCCUGACUCCCAGUCCUUUGUUCAGUCCACUGGCUCACUCUGCCUCUUACAAAACCCCCCCCAUAGAGUUAAAAUGUUCUCCAGAUUUUGCCUGAGGCAUCUCGGCCUCUUGAAUCUUUCUAGCCCUCAGACUGUGUUGGGGGGAAGGGGUGCCGGGAUCUGAUGCUUUUCUCUCCUUAUUUGUUCCUUCCUCCAUGAGCUGACGCUCGGUACCAGGCCUUUUCCCCUGCUGCUGGUUCCUGUAAUGCCAUAAGCCCACUAGGAGCUGCAAGGCGGCAAGCGAUGGGGCUAGAUUUGCCUUUCGCCAUCAAGCGUGGCCCAUGGUACAUCUCUGAGGUUCCUUCUAUGAUCCUUAAGGCUUCGAGCCACACGCUGGGUCUUUUGUACUGAUGCUCUGGAAAUUAACGCAACAAAAUCAA